AUGGAUUCUGACUCAGAUCGUGUUACUGCUCUUAUUGAUAAAUUAGCACUUGAGUUCAAGGUUCGUGAUAUGGGUGUGUCUUCUUUAUUUUUGGGUAUUGAAACUGUCCCGUUGUCUAGCGGUAUGCUUUUAUCACAACAAUGGUACAUGAAGGAUAUUCUCAAACGUGCUGUCAUGGUGGACUGCAAGCCAGUAGUCACGCAUGUCUCAUCUGCGAAAAUCACCGACGAAGCUGCUGUUCCCUAUGCGGAUCCUACACAGUACAGGAGUCUUGCUAGUGCUCUCCAGUAUCUUACGGUAACUCGUCCUGAUUUAUCUUAUGCUGUUAAUCUCUUAUAUUGGGCUGGCGAUCCGAAUGAUCGCAAAUCUACUAGUUGUUUUGCUGUGUUCUUGGGAAGUAAUCUUAUAUCUUGGGUUUGUCGGAAGCAACGGACUAUGGCACGCUCUUCGACUGAAGCAGAAUACAAGGGACUAGCUGAUGUAUCUGCAGAGGUUACAUGGCUUGUUUCCUAG